CCCCCCCCCCGUACCGGACACAGACAAGCAGCUGUCGCGUUUUUGGUUUCCUCAGGUUGGAUGCUGACGUCAUCUGAAAUGUUAACGUGAGGAAUCAAACCGGUUUCACUAAAGUAACGUAUGGCUUGAAUCUUCCGUUACUCCUUGGAGCAGAGGAGGAGGGGCUCCUCCGCGCGUGAGGGGAUCCUGGGAAUCGAACCCCGACCAGCUCAUUGACUCUUCCGUACCUCGUCGGGAGGGGGGACACUCCUCCCGGAGCCAGCCUGCGGUCGCGGCUCUAAGCACCCACAUCGGGAGCGAUCACCAGAGGCAGAUGCGGGUUUUCUUCCGCCGAGAACUGCGCCUCCUCCCAAACUGAUUCCCGCGUGCAGCUGAAGGCGCCUCGGCCCACCUCCCCCCGGAAUCUCUCCGUCCUCCCGGUGAGCAUCUCCUCCCGCGCGCGGCUCCCCGCCGCCUCCGCCAUGGACGGCCACAGCCGCACGUCCAUCCUGGGGGACGGGCCCGUGAAUUUCUCCGCGGCCCACCUCUGGCCGGACGUGAUGAACGCCUCCGGGCCGGGGGGGCCGUGGCUCGGCCGCGCUCCCGCGGGGGACGGCGGGGGGAUCCCGAGGAGCCUGGUCGUGGAGCAGGCGUACCGGGACUUCAGCAGCGCCGUGCAGGUGCUCGUCCUCGUCGGUUCUUUGCUCGGUAAUGCGGCGGUGCUGUGGUGCACGUGCUGCACCAGCGUCUUCAAACCAGUGACCAACCGCUUCAUGAAGAACCUGGCGUGUUCCGGUAUCGGCGCCGCCCUGCUCUGCGUUCCCUUUGAUGUGGCGCUGGGGGCCGGCCCCCGCUGCUGCCCGUGGCUGCAGGCGGCGCUGCUCUGCAAGGCCCUCAGGUUCCUGCACAAACUCUUCUGCUCCGCCUCCGUGCUGAGCUUCGGCGCCAUCGCGCUGGACAGGUACUACUCGGUUCUGUACCCCCUGGUACGGAAGCUCUCAGACUCCCGGUCACGGGACCUGGUCAUCUACAUCUGGGUCCACGCCGCCGCGGCCAGCCUUCCCGUGUUUGCUGUGACCAACGUGACGGACGUGUACGUGGCCUCCUCCUGCUCAGACGACCGCGCCCACUCCCUCGGUCACAUGAUCUACGUGCUGCUUUACAAUCUCAGCACGGUCGCUCUCCCCCUGGUCCUGGUCUUCGUGCUCAUGCUGCUGGUCCGCCGGGCCAUCAGCGCCAGCCAGAAGAAGAAGGUGAUCAUCGCGGCUCUGCGGACGCCUCAGAGCAGCGUCUCCAUCCCCUACGUGUCGCAGCGGGAGGCGGAGCUGCACGCCUCCCUGCUGGCGUCCGUGCUGACCUUCUCGGCCUGCAGCACCCCCUAUGGGGCCCUGGUGGUGUACCGCACCGUCCUGGACCCUGCAGACCUGCCCCCGUCCCUGUACCUGACCGCGCUCUGGCUCCCCAAACUGUCCCUGCUCACCAGCCCCCUCCUGUUCCUGACCAUCAACCGCUCAGCUCGCCACAGCUGGCUGGGCCUGCUGGUCCGGCUCCGCCGCCGCCUCAGCCGCAGGAACGCCGUCAGCAUGGGGGGGCUGGGCUCGCCGGAAGCAGACGGUACGGGGGAGGAGCCGGCGGGGCUGGAGACCGCCGGUCGGUCAGGGAGCCAGCUUUUGGAGAUGUUCAACAUCGGCCAGCAGCAAAUCUUCAGAUCCUCAGAGGGGGAGGGGGAGAAUAAGCCCCUCCCUCAAGACACAGGAAGCUGCUCAGGGUCCACAGAACAGAGGGGGGGCUUAGAGUCAACCAGCCUCAAGCCAGAAGGCAACACCAGGGAGGAUUUAGCCCCCAGAGCCUCCCCAGUGCACACCUGUACCUACACGUCCUCGUCUCAGGUGGCGCCCGCCACGCCGACGGAGCCCGACGAAUCCCCCCAGUUUGGCUUCGGGCCGUUUGAACUGCCCCCCCAGUGGCUACCAGAAACCAGGAACAGCAAGAAGAGGCUGCUGCCCCCUCUGGGGAACACGCCCGAGGAGCUGAUCCAGAGCAAGGCGCCGCGACCACGCCCAGAGCGCCGCAUCACCAGGAACAACAGAGUCAACACCAUCCCCGCUGUGGAUCCCUAAGGGGGGGGGUCCAGGACCGGUCAGAAACGCUGUGGUGGAGUCCAAGUCCAUGUUUUCUACAUUUUACACUGACACCUGCCGCUUCGUGUUUGGGGGCGGGGCAUCAGAGCAGAUCUGGGUGAGCUCACAGCCCCCCCCCCCCCCCCGCUGUGGGACUGUGAAACAGGUUUGAGCAGAACGACGGAGGAACCGUCAGAGAUGUUUUCUGUGAAACCUUCUUCCUGCCUCGUUUGCAGCUUCAGCAGAUGGAAACGCGGAAUAAAGGUGUGGAAUUAUGGG